UCUUCUUUCUGGCGGUCAUUAAAAAUCAACACAGGAUAUCAAGUGGCUGUGCAACUCUGAAACAACAACUAGCAAACCACAUUGCGUUAUGACAUCUGACUGCUGUUGCACAUGGUUUACAAAUAUAUGCUGGAGCUUUCUUCUUUUGCUCGGUGUACUCUGCUGCACUGACAGUAGUGUAAGAGAAGGUACCGUACAGGUGAAGGAGCGUUCUUUGGACAGACAGACAGAGUUGAACCAGGUGGUGUUUGUCAUCCAGAGUCAGAGGAGCGCUCACCACACCCGCUGGGCGGAGCAGCAUCGUCAGGACCUUCUCCAUCAGGCCACCAGCCUCCACCAGCAGGAUCCUCCUGUUGUGCUGUUGCUUCACAAUCUCUCUGACUAUGAAGGGAAUUGGAGCAUACUACCCAUCCUGCCUUACCUUUCUGUUACUUUUGGGAAAAACUGCUCGUGGAUCUUUUUCAUUGAGGAGGUGACUGUGGUGAAAAUCCCAAGGCUUCUGCAAGUCCUCAGCCGUUUUGAUGCUGGUAAGGAAUGGUUUCUUGGUAGUCCUCUCCAUGACGAUGAGUCAACGAUUAUACACCACUAUGCUUUUUUCGACGACCCCUCCUCCUUUAAGUACCCAGACUUUGCUGCUGGUUGGGGCCUCAGCUGUUCACUGCUUAACAGGUUGGCUGAGCGAGUCAACAGUGAGUCACCCAAGUCAGACUUCACCAUCGACCUCAAACAUGAGAUUGCCCUCUACAUUUGGCAUGAGGGAAGAGGCCCCACCCUGACCCCAGUCCCAGAGUUCUGCGCUGAAGGGCUGGAGUCUGAUGGUAGCGAUCACUGUGCCACUGUUGUCGACAAACUGCCUACUUGCGGAGAACCAGUGAAACAGGAAGACCUCUUUGUUGCUGUGAAAACCUGUACAAAAUUCCACACAGACAGAGUACCUGUGGUGAAGCAGACAUGGGCCAGAGACGCGGCUUAUCUGGAGUACUACAGUGACUCUGCUGACCCCUCCAUACCUACUAUUGACUUGGGGGUCCCCAACACAGAAAGAGGGCAUUGUGGGAAAACCUUUGCCAUCUUGAAACACUUCUUUAGCAAUGAUGUCCCAGAGUGCCAGUGGCUAGUGAUUGUGGAUGAUGACACGCUGAUCAGCCUGCCAAGACUCCGGAGACUGCUGAGCUGUUACAACCCCAAAGAGCCAGUGUGCUUGGGUGAGCGCUACGGCUACGGCCUGAUUCAGAACGGCUACAGUUAUAUCACAGGUGGAGGAGGGAUGGUGCUCAGCCGAGCGGCAGUGCGUAGGAUCCUCUCCGGGGGCUGCCGCUGCUACAGCGACGACGCUCCUGACGACAUGGUGCUGGGCAUGUGCUUGAGCUCCCUCCGAGUCCCCGUCACACACAGUCCUCUCUUCCACCAGGCACGUCCGGAUGAUUACCCAAAGAAAUUCCUUGCCCGAGAGAAACACAUCUCCUUCCACAAACACUGGAACGUGGACCCUGUGGACGUCUACAUGCGUUGGCUGACGGACACCGUAGAAGAAGAGGCACGAGAAGCUGUGAAUGGACCAGGACAAAUCAAGGAAGAGUUAUAGAGUUAUAGCAAAGAUGUGAGAGAUAUGCCUUUGCCCAGAGCCGUGUAGUAAGGCUGCUGGUGUGUAUUUUUUGUGUGUGUUUGUUUAUGUGAGUGUGUGUGUGAGAGUCUGUGAGAGCGACAGAUUUUGGCCCAAAAGUGUUGGUGUGUGUGUGUGUGUGUUCUAUUGUUGCUGUUCUGCUCUGCUCAAUAUUUUUGAACUCUUUUGCACUGCCAGGUAUGGAUGAAUGAGUGAAUGAGGGUGUGCCUUUAUAUUUUUGGGGAAUCUUUGUGUGUUGUACAAUUAUGAUAAACAAAUCUUGGUAGCCUGUUACAUCUGUAAUGAUGCUAUGCAACACAGAACACAUUUCUCUUGCACGAAAACCAAUUUAACAUGAACGUGAAGUUUAGAACAAUAAAUUUUUACUCUACUGAUGAA